UUUUCAGAUUCUUUUCCAUUAUAGGUUAUUACAAGACACUGAAUAUAGUUCCCUGUGCUGUACAGUAGGUCCUUGUUGUUUACCUAUUUUAUACAUAGCAGUUGAUCCCAAAGUUUUAACUUAGCUCCCCUGCACCUCCCCAUCCCGUUAUCCCCUCUGGUAACCGUAAGUCUGCUUUCUAUGUCUGUGAAUCUACUUCUGUUUUGUAAAUAAACUCAUUUAUAUCAAGUUCAGUCUUUUGAACACAAGCUGCCCAUUCUCCUUGCUUGGUCCUGCACUGGGCACCUUGCAAUAAACUCUGCACUUCCCUUCACCACAAUCCAGUGUCAGUGGAUUGGCAGCGAGCGGGCCCAAGUUUGGUUUAGUAAUAGUGUAGAGACUGAGAAGGGUAAAAAAUUACGGCCAUUUUUUGCAAUCAAUCUAUCAUCGUGCCCUUUACAAAGAGGACAUUUAAAAGCAACAUCUGACCCUGUUUCUCUUUCAUUUCCAGGGACACAGGGAGCAUGGGUGUCUGGACCUCAGGCACCAAUAUCUUCCUCAGUCUUUGGAGGACAUAUGUGUCUCCAAGGAGGCUUGGAUGGAUGGACUUCACCCAACAUUUGGGCGCUUGUUGUUUUGUUGCUUUCAUUUCUGUUGGCCUCCUCUCUGGGGCCUUCUACUGGUUUCUGUCCUCGUCCAUAGUCUUCGCCACCUCCUGGAUGGUCACGUGUGCUCUGCUGUGCUGCUCCAAGCACGCACGGUGUUUCAUUCUGCUCUUCUUCCUCUCGUGUGGCCUGCAUGAAGGCAGGAACGCUUUGAUCACUGCUGGCACAGGGAUGGUCAUCUUUGGACACGUGGAAAAUAUUUUUCACAACUUUAAAGGUCUCCUGGACAGUAUGACUUGCAACCUAAGGGCAAAGAGCUUUUCCAUCCAUUUUCCACUUUUGAAAAAAUAUAUUGAAGCAAUUCAGUGGAUAUAUGGCCUUGCCACUCACCUGAGUCUAUUUGAUGACCUUGUUUCUUGGAACCAAACACUGGAGGUCUCUCUUUUUAGUCCCAGCCAAGCCCUGGAGGCACAGCUCAAUGACACUACAUACAAAGCCCUGCGUGUCUUGUACCAGGUGGUGACAGCGACAGAGGUGUUGUCUUCCCUGGGGCGGCAGCUAGUUGCCCUCAUGGGGCUUCUGCUGGUGCUACUUGGCACUGGCCUCUUCAUGAGGCGAUUUUUGGGCUCCUGUGGUUGGAAGUUUGAGAACAUCUACAUCACCAGACAAUUUGUUCAGUUUGAUGAGAGGGAGAGGCAUGAACAGAGGCCCUGCGUCCUCCCGCUGAAUAAGCAGGAAAGGAAGAAGUAUGUCGUCAUCCCAUCUUUCUGGCUGACUCCUAAAGACAGGAAAAACCUGGGGCUGUUUUUCCUCCCGGUACUUACCCAUCUCUACAUCUGGGUGUUGUUUGCAGCCAUAGAUUAUCUGCUAUAUUGGCUCAUUUUCUCCAUCAGCAAACAUUUCCAAAGCUUGCCAGGGCUUGAGGUUCACUUGAAGCUGCACAGAGAGGUAGGUGCUCACAGGACCGUCUCACUGUGUAUCCCAGCUGUUCGCUGUGUGUUUGCAAAAGAUCGUGAACUUCCCAAGGCAGGGCAGUGUCUUAUUCCCCUCUGGAUCCUCAGUGCCUGGCACGGAGCCUGGCGUGUAGGAAGAACACCCAAAACGCUGGUUAGAUUGAGUUGAAACCCCAAUGUUAGAGUAUGAGAACAUUCUGAACAUUUCUGAUCACUGUAUUAGUUUCCUGUGGCAGCCGUACCGCAACAGAGGAGACCAUGCUUUCUGUUCAUCCCAUCUUUUCUCUUUUCCAUUUUUCCCUGUGGAAAUUGAUGAUUAUGUAGACAUUUCAGAGGAUCUGGAUACUGUCAGAUACUUGUCUUAUUUGUUUUUAAACCUAGCAUUCUGCGCUACGUGGAACGUGCACACGUGUGUGUCUGUGUGCAUGUGCACACGUAGCGCGUGUAGUUGUAUGUGUAUACAUGUGCACGUGUGCGUGUGUGUGUGAAGGUCAUGCAUGCUGGGUGGUGUGCACUAGCCUGGGCUGGUGAACACACCAUCUACUGUUUCCAUAUGUCUGAUUUUCCCUCCUCUUUAUCGAGCUACAAUAGAUUGUGCCUCUACUGGGGAAAUCUCAGAGGGGAAGGGCAGAAAGGGACCUGGAAACCCUCCUUUGAAAGCCCAUUUCCUCCUGCUGCAUCCACACUCUCCCUCCCCUUUUCUCCUGGCUCAGCAGGCACUGUCUGGCCCCUGCCCCGCCUAAUCCUGGGCUGCUUCUCGGAGUUGAUUACUCUGA